AUGAGCAAUGGGCAAGGAGGUUACAACAAAGGAUACUAUAAUUACAAGUCCAACCCUGCCAUGUCAUACCGCAACACUGAUGUUGCUAACCCUCAGGACCAAGUAUAUCCUCAACAACAAGCAGCUCGAUCGAGUCAGGCUUUCCCCCACCAACCACCCCAGCCUGCACCUUCACAAGAGAAUGAGCUCAAGGCAAUGCUAAAGCAACUACUUCAAGGGCAAGCUGAUGGGGUAGUGGACACAAGCAAGAAGCUAGCUGAAAUAAACUCUAAGAUCGAGAACCUCAACACAAGGGUUUACUCUCUGGAGAAUCAUGCUUCUUCUGUUGCUGCUGCUACAAAGCAAGGACAACUACCUGAGAUUGUUGCUGCUGAGGCUCCUGGAGUCCAGAUUGAUCAACCAGAAGUGCAGGCACCUACUGUGGCCAUUCACACUUCACCAGUUGAGCUCGCACGACAAGCUCGAUCGGCAGCUCGAUCGAGUCCAACUCUAGCUCGAUCGAGUCCGACCUCUUCUGUCCGAAACCUGUUUUGCUUGAUCCUUACCAACCGGUUGCCGCUUCCUCGUCUCGCCUACUUAGUCAAGUUCAACCUGCUUACUUCACCCACUUUCCUACCAAAGGUCAAGGAUCAAGGGAAAUUCACUCUCCCUUGCACACUUGGGCAUCUUGAGAUUGACAAUGCCUUAGUGGAUUCUGGAGCAAGCAUCAAUCUGAUCUCUCUCUCCAUGGCAGAGAAGCUAGGCAUUGCUGGAGCCUUGCAGCGCCCUACUACUUCAAUCAUGUUUGGAGAUGCAACUUCUAAGUCUCCUCUUGGAGUGUUCAAGAACUAUCACUUGAAAAUUGGAGAAUGCAUCAUCCAAACUGAUCUCACUGUGAUGGAAAUGGAAGAAGAGAAGGAUCUACCUCUGUUAUUGGGAACCCCAUUCCUUAGUACAGUUGGCGCUUCAAUAGACUUUCACAAGCAAGAAGUGAUCCUUCACAAGGUUGUGAAGGAAAGGGUUGACAAAGAACCAAGAGUUGGGAAGGAUAAGGUUGAGAGAGGACCAAGGAUUGAGAAGCCACGUCUUGAGAGGGCUAGAGUUGAGAAACCACGAUCUGAUAGGCCAAGAGCUGAUAGACUUGUUCAAGCCCCUUGUGUGCUUGAUGAAGAAGCCUUCAAGCUUUGUUUGAUGAGCCACUAG